CCUCUUCAAUAACAACAGCAGCAGAGCAACGAGACCCGAUCGUAUGUCAUGGCUCGCUACGACCGCGCCAUCACUGUAUUCUCCCCCGAUGGCCAUCUCUUCCAGGUCGAGUACGCCCUAGAAGCAGUCCGCAAGGGUAACGCCGCCGUCGGCGUCCGUGGCACCGACGUUAUCGUCCUCGGUGUGGAGAAGAAAUCCACCCCGAAGCUCCAAGACUCCCGAUCGGUGCGUAAGAUCGUGAGCUUGGACACUCACAUCGCGCUGGCAUGCGCGGGGCUCAAGGCGGACGCUCGUGUGCUCAUCAACCGGGCGCGGAUCGAGUGCCAGAGCCACCGCCUCACCGUGGAGGAUCCUGUCACGGUCGAGUAUAUCACUCGCUACAUCGCCGGUCUGCAGCAGAAGUACACCCAGAGUGGCGGUGUACGACCCUUUGGGCUCUCGGCGCUCAUCAUUGGCUUUGACCCUUACUCUGGCGCGCCUGCGCUAUACCAGACUGACCCGUCCGGAACUUUCUCGGCCUGGAAGGCAAAUGCUACCGGAAGGAACUCGAAUUCAAUGCGGGAGUUCCUGGAAAAGAACUAUAAGGAGACCUCCGGGCAGGAAACCGUGAAACUGGCUAUUCGGGCACUACUUGAAGUGGUGGAGAGCGGAGGAAAGAACAUAGAAAUUGCAGUGAUGACCAAAGAACAGGGUCUUCGUCAACUUGAAGAAGCUGAGAUAGAUGCUAUUGUUGCUGAGAUAGAGGCAGAGAAAGCUGCAGCUGAGGCUGCAAAAAAGGCCCCAUCUAAAGAUUCCUAAAUUUGUAUGUUCUCGUGAUUUGCUAUCUAAUUUGAAGCUUUCAAUUUGUAUGUGAAUUUAUCUAAACUUCAUUUGUUCCCUAUAAUUAAGUUUGUCGUGCAAGCCAGUGGAACUUCCUGCUAGGGUCGGUUAUUACCAAUUGCACUUUUUUUAUUCUCAUAGUUACAAAGAGAGAUGGGUCUUUCUUUCUUUUUU